AUGGUCGUGGCUGACCCAGAAAAUGGUUCGAAAUUUGAAAAUGUGGAAACGGAAAAUUAUGCAUUGAAAAUUUUUCAAACCUCAUUGAACUUGUUGGCACAUAUUUUAAUUGGAAUUGUAGUUGGAAUCACCAUCAUGUUUGCGUUUAGAAAUGGAUUACCGUUGAGUAUAAGUAAUCUGCAUAUUCUUUUGUGUGUUAUUGGUUAUCAAUUAUUGAUGGCUGAAGGAAUUCUUUCUCUAUGCGCCCACAACAGUUGGACUGCUGGACUGAGAGUGGUGGACAAGAGAAGAGCACACGCAAUCCUACUCAUCGUAGGGUCUGUGUUGGCCAUUGUUGGUAGCCUUAUAAAAAGUGCGGACAAAAAUGUUAACUUCAAUACUCUACAUGGAAAAUUUGCGUUGGUGGCAAUGGUUUUCACUACAGUGUGCCUGGUUAACGGUCUAACUUCGCUUUACGCAUACGAAUUGCGUAAAUGUAUACCGGGAAGCUUUUCCAAAAUCCCUCACAUCGUCUUUGGCGUAGUAGCAUUUGUUAUGUCUUUGAUAUCUCUCUGCUAUGGAUACAACUACAACUCUUUCAAACGCUGGAGUAGUCCAGAUGGACCGCCUUUUGGAUUUGCCUACGCUGUUAUGGGAAUGUCUGCAGCUUUCACCUUCAUCAUCAUCGUUAACCCCAUGAUUACUGCUUUUAACAAAACUGUUCGUGUAAUUAAGUAAUACUGUAAUAUUGUAAUUUAUAGAAUCUCAAAGUUUAAGUUUAUUGUUACUUUCAACAACACAGCUUUACAUCAUCGUUAUUAUCAUUAAUUUUAAAUUGACUAAUACGCUAAAAUAGUUUUCGCUCAAAUCAAAAUUUAAUAAAGG